UCUGACAGGAGUCUAUCAGAAAUACUGUGUCCUGGAUCACAUGGGCAGAACAGACAUGAGAACUGGCUCUGGACUGGAGCAGAAAUGCUGUGCCUUGCAGCACUGGACCUUUCAGUGGACCAAUGGCAAUCUGUUACUCACUCGGCUAGAAGGUGUUGACACUAAGAUCACCAGUGUUGGGAUUGCAGUCAAAUCUACAGGACAUCAAGGUCUCUCUCUUGAAGGGAACCCCAAAGUUUUUGAGCACUUUAUCUCCCAGCACCAGUGUAACUACUUCUGUGGUCUGCUUGGCCUGAGGUCACUAAAGGUCAUGGAUGCCUUAUCAACACCAGCAAAGCCCAAGGGCUCCAGGAGCCCUUUGCUUCAACGCAAGACGGCUGCUGGGUCCUCCAGCCCCCAGCUUGGCCGGAAAGCUGCUGGCAGCCCCAGGCUGCCCCGGAAGGCUGAGCAAGAUGGCAGAAAGACCCCCACCACACAAAACGCUGCUGAUGCUCCCAAAGUUGAUAAGACAGUAUAGGGUGAAUAUCUCUAAAUGGCUCAUCGGAAGUCACAGAAGGUCCUCAGGAAGGCCUCGUUCUCUUCAAACACCAGGGAACGAGAUGAUUUAACUGUUUAAUUUUAACAGCUACCCUUUGUUUCUUGCCAUGAUCACUUGUGGAUUGAAGCCCUCACAUGCUGUGGAGUGUUGU